AUGCAGAAGCUGGCGCUGAAGCACGACAUGUUCCUCAUCGGGGACCCGGGGCCGCGGCCGCGCGCGCUCGUUCUGCAGUUCUGCGAGCUGUUGGGCCGCGAGUGCGAGUUCGUCGCUUUAACGCGCGACACGUCCGAGGGCGACCUCAAGCAGCGGCGCGAGAUCCGCGACGGCGCGUUAGUCUGGGCGAACCAGCCGCCCGUGCUCGCGGCGCUCCACGGGCGCGUGCUCGUGCUCUCGGGCGUCGAGCGCGCGGAGCGCAACGUCCUGCCGCUGCUGAACAACCUGCUCGAGAACCGCGAGAUGGCGCUCGACGACGGCACCUUCCUCAUGGACGCCAAACGCUUCGACGCCCUCUGCGCCGAGGACGCGGAGCGGGCGAGCGGCCUCGACGUCCGGGGCCUCCGGCGCACGCACGAGGAUUUCAUCGUGGUCGCCAUCGGCGUCGCCGUGCCCAAGCACGCGGGCAACCCCCUCGAUCCACCGUUACGCUCCCGCUUCUCGGCCUACACGCUCGGCCCGCCGAGCCGCGUCGAACUGGAGAAGGCCGCGCUCGCGGCCGUGCCCGACUGGCGCGCGGACCAGGUCAUGCGCGAGCAGCCGACGGCGGCGCGGCCCUGGGCGCCCGACGGCGCCGUCGAGUCGACGGCCGCGCUCCUCGCGGCGUUCCCGCGGCUGCCGCCCGGCGCGGCGCUGAAGCGCGCGUACUGCUACGACCUCCUCGAAUCUUUAAAACUCGACGCGGACGGCCGCGCGGAGCUCGACGCCUGGCUCGACGACGCCGGCUUCGACGUCAGCGACGAGUCGCUCGACGCCGACGGCAUGCCCGUCGGCCGCGGCGACGACGACUCGGACGACGACGACGCGUCGCUCGACGCCGACGGCGUGCCCGUCGCGAAGGCCGCGCCGAGCGCCGCGGUCCUCGCCGCGCGGGCCAAGCUCCUCCGGGCCCCGAGCGCGCCGUCGAUCCUGAGCGGGUCGCAGCGCCGGGUGUUGGGCGCCAUGGUCCAGGACCACGUCGUCGGCGUCGACCUCUGCGUCGUCGGCGAAAGAGGAGUAGGCAAAACUUUGGUUAUUCGCGACUUCGCGGCCGCGCUCGGCUACCGCUGCCGCACGGUCUUCUGCUACAAGGACAUGGGCGCGCGGGACCUGACCAUGCGGCGCGUCACGGACGCGCGGGGCAACACGGAGUGGCGCCGGAGUCCGCUGAUCGAGGCCGCGCUCGACGGCGGUCUCGCCGUGCUCGACGGCGCGCACCGCCUGGCGCCGGGCGUGCUCCGGUCGACGCUCGGCCGCCUCCUGAGCGACCGCGAGAUCCAGCUCCCCGACGGCACGCGGUUGGUUGCGCCCGCGGCCUACGCCGCGCUGCGGGAGAUUUACGACGACGCGGCGCUGCAGGCAAAGGGCGUGCUCCGCGCGCACCCGGCGUUCCGCGUCGUCUGCGCGGGCGAGCCCCCGAGCGCCCACAACCCCUGGAUCUCCGCGGAGCUCGCGGGCCUCAUGCACUACCACGCCCUCGCGCCGCUGUCGUCCGCGGAGCAGACGUCGCUCGUGCGGCACGCGCUCGAGGCCGGCGGCGCGGGCGAGCCGCGGGCGCUCGCGGCCGGCGAGGAGCGCGCGCUCCUGGACUACGGCGACGCCCUGCGCCGGGCCGUCGCGACGGAGUCGAUCCUGGAGCCGCUGCUGCUCACGGCGCGGCGCCUCGCGCAGAUCGGCGCGCACCUCCGGUCCCGGCCGCAGGACGGCGUCGAGGACGCCGUGGACCACAUCUUCGCGGCCUACCAGGACUUCCUGCCGGCGCCGAAGCGCGCGACGGCGCGGCGCAUGCUCCGGGACGCCCUCGUGACGCGCGGCGUGCCCACGGCGAAGGAGCGCGGCGGCGCGAGCUUCGGGCGCCGCGUGUCGCGGAAGCGCGACCGCGCCGCGUCCGCGCGGUGCCACAAGCGGUCGCCGCGGCGCCGGGACCUCGUGCCCCGGCCGCCGUUCGUCGAGAUGGCCGCGCACAUGUGGGCGCUGCGCGACAUGCUCGUGGACUGGAGCCUGGGCCGCCACCUCCUGCUCAUCGGCAACCAGGGCGUGGGCAAGAACAAGCUCGCGGACCGCCUGCUCCAGCUCCUGGACGCGGAGCGCGAGUACGUCCAGCUCCACCGCGACACGACGGUGCAGGCGCUGACGGCGUCGCCGACGCUGAAAGGCGGCGUCGUCGUCUGGGAGGACUCGCCCCUCGUCAAGGCCGCGCGCCACGGCCGCUGCCUCGUCGUCGACGAGGCCGACAAGGCGCCGCUGGAGGUCGUCUGCGUGUUGAAGGCCCUCGUCGACGACGGCGAGCUCCAGCUCGCGGACGGCCGGCGGCUCGCGCGGCCCGCGGCGACGGGCGGCGCCGGCGCCGACGCCGCGGCGGACGCCGCGGCGCGCGCGGCGGGCGACGUGCCCGUGGCGCCGGGCUUCCGCCUCGUCGUCCUCGCGAACCGGCCGGGCUUCCCCUUUCUAGGCAACGACUUCUACCGCGAGUGCGGCGACGCGUUCGCGUGCCACGCCGUCGAGAACGCCGACGAGGCGUCCGAGGUGCAGAUGCUGCGGCGCUACGGGCCCGGCGUGCGCGUGAAGCAGGUCGUCAAGCUCACGCAGGCCUUCAAGAAGCUGCGGGCCAUGUACGACGACGGCGCGAUCAGCUACCCCUACAGCUCGCGCGAGCUCGUCAAGCUCGUGCAGCACCUCGACCGCUUCCCGGCCGACGGCCUCCGCGGCGCCGUCGCCGACGUCUUCGGCUUCGACGCGCAGGACCCGCAGCUCCACGCGAAGCUCAUGAGCGUGCUG